GUAAAGGCCAGGGCCCGCAAGAUGGCGGCCCCCUUGGAGCUCAGUUGCUGGGGAGGCGGCUGGGGGCUCCCAUCGGUACACAGCGAGUCCCUGGUGGUUAUGGCUUAUGCCAAAUUUUCUGGUGCACCUUUGAAAGUCAGUGUCAUAGAUAACACCUGGAGAGGUUCAAGAGGGGAUGUACCAGUUUUGGCAACUGAAGACAACAUUGUUUCUCAGCCAGCAAAAAUACUAAAUUUUUUAAGAAAACAGAAAUAUAAUGCUGACUAUGAACUCUCAGCAAAACAAGGGGCAGAUACACUGGCUUACAUUGCUCUCCUUGAAGAGAAGCUUCUUCCUGCAGUGCUUCACACAUUCUGGGUUGAGAGUGACAAUUACUUUACUGUGACAAAGCCAUGGUUUGCUUCACAAAUUCCUUUUCCCUUGAGUUUGAUCCUGCCUGGAAGAAUGUCUAAGGGGGCACUGAAUAGGAUUCUCCUGACCAGAGGAGAGCCUCCCCUGUACCACCUUCGGGAAGUGGAAGCACAGAUAUACAGAGAUGCCAAGGAGUGCCUAAAUCUUCUGUCAAACAGAUUGGGAACAUCUCAGUUUUUCUUUGGAGAUACGCCUUGUACCUUGGAUGCCUAUGUUUUUGGUUUUCUUGCACCUCUUUAUAAAGUACGGUUUCCUAAAGUUCAGCUACAAGAACACCUAAAACAGCUCUCUAACCUGUGUCGCUUUUGUGAUGACAUCUUAAACAGUUAUUUUAGGCUUAGUCUUGGAGGCAUCUCUCCAGCUGGACAAGAAAUGGUAGAUGCAAAUCUGCAGAAACUCACACAACUUGUAAAUAAGGAAUCCAACUUGAUUGAAAAGAUGGAUGACAAUCUUCGCCAAAGCCCUCAGCUUCCUCAUCGGAAACUGCCAACACUCAAAUUGACUCCAGCAGAAGAAGAAAGCAAUUCCUUACAGCGGCUAUCACCCUGACAGGCCUCAUGGUUCGUGGCGAAAGUCAUGUGAUCUUACACUAAGUGUGUGAAGGCAAAAAGAAAAUACUAUAAUAGGUAUAAGGAAGACUCUAAAAGGAACUCUCUGUGACAUCUAUUUUUUUUUAAUUAGGAAGCUUGUGUUCUAGCUUGGCAAUGCAUUUUAAAUAACAUCAAAGUGAAUGCUAAAUGAGCUUGGUGGGGUGGGGGGAAACACAUUGUACUGUAUACAAAAAAAAAAAAAAGAAGAUCUGCCUUAAUCUUGGCAGCUUUUUGCCUUUGGUUAAUGUGUUGCUGACCAAAAGCUGUAAUUCUGUUCUGAAUGUGCACUUUUAAUUUAUUCAAGUUAAUUUAUUCAAUUUAUUAACUUAAUUUUCUUAGGCCAGGCUGAAUACCUAAUAUGUGGCUCUUUGCCUUAGGCUGUUUUCAUUUGUUUAGAAAUCUGAUGCCUAUUUUAGAAACCAGGAAAAAUAUAAAUUACUUCAAUAGAAAAGCCUAUAUUUAACUUUAAAAAGCAAAGAGGAAUGUGCUUUUUAAUUACGCUCUCAUAAGUCUAAUCUUUUGGGGGUUUAGUAGCACAUAUAUGAAUAUUAAAGGUGGUUACAUAGAAUA